AUGCGCCGCUCAAACUACACCGAGGACACGCUGCGAGCUGCAAGGGAGGGCCUUAAGCGCGGAUACAACCAUUUCUGCGCGUGGGACCAGGACAUCAUCAACGCCAUGCACCAGGACCUUUGGGGCGGCAGAGGCGUGCGGACGCUGCCGUGCCGGUGGAUGCUGUUCCCGGUGACGGGCUGGCAGUUCUUUUGGAACACCCCAGAGUUCUGGCCUCGCGGGCUGUUCAACGGGCGGCGGUAUCCGGGGUUGCUCGCGGCCAAUCACGUGGAGCAUUUCUGCCCAGACGAGCUGGGGCUGGUCCACAGCAUUUUCGCGUUCGAGCAGGACGACAAGGUCCAGUACGUCCGCGACAUGGCCCUCCUGCAGGGCCAGCAGAACCGGCAGCCCGGGGCCACCGUAUACGCGCCCGACGGGAGCCCGUGCGCCUGCGGCGAGCGGGCGGCUUUGCUGCACGUGCCGUCCACGAUGAAGCUGUGCCAUGGGUGCACCGCCUCUUCGACCACCACUCCCCGGCCUUUGCGCGGCCCUCUGGGCAAGGCGCCAACUUCAAGCAGCGCAAGGACCGACCAGGGCUCCGAGCUCGGCGGCGGCUUCUGGGGCGGGGAGUCCGCCGCGGACCUGGCGGCCACCGACGCCGCGAUGCUGAGUUUCGCCGCGGACAGGGGGCUGACCAUGGAGGUGGGUAACUGCAGCACGCUGCCCACCACCUCCAACGCCUACUCGCGCGUGGAGUUCCGCGGCUGGGACAGGCCGCCGUCCUUCACGGUCGCGGCCAGGAGGCCCAUGGCGGCCGCGGUGAGGCUUCAGGCAGUCGUGCAGGCCCAGGCGCGCAAGGUGUCAGCGCUGUGCGUUCACGUGGUGGCCAUAGCCGCGAGCAGCACGGCGAUGAAGCAUGUGGAGGAGAUUGGGGAACCGCCCACUAAUCAGACCAUGGGCUUCCUCAAGCAGACGGAAGCCGAUCGGCAGCAGAAAGCCGAGCAGGGGCGCGUCGCAAUGCGGACGUCUCUUGACAAACGUGAUGAGGCAAUCAACACCCUGACGACCAGCCGGUCCACGAGCCAGGGCGCGGCGCAGCAUGCCGAGACCAGGUGCAACAAUUUGAAUCGCAGCUGCUCUAUCGAGCGCGGGCCCGUGCCGAGAGGCCGCGCUGGAACACAGGACGUCCACAACGCCGCCACCAUCAGGCGCACAAGCCACACCUGGACGCAGCUCAAGGUGAAGCUGCUCAGGGCAGGCCCGAGGAUCUGGUCACACGCCACUGGACCUACAGGGGCCGCCAUCGCCAUGCUGCUCGAGGCUGGCAGGGAUCCCACGGAGACAAACUGCUGGCAGAGGCGGCAAACUGGGCCGCGUUCCGAGAUCACGGUUCAUUGCGUUGUUAUUGAAAAGAGUUCGGGGACCUUCACGUUCAUGACCGACCAGAAUUCUUUCCUGCUGGGGACAGGCGCGUUCUUCUGCAAGCACUGCGGAAGUUCCUUCAGGCGCAGCACAGCCGAGAUUGACGGAGACAAAGUUUCAGCACCAGUUGCGGAGGCCGACGCGGAAGUACACCAGGCGCAGGCUGAGAUCCACGUCGGCUCCACCCCAGUGGCGGCGGCGCCACCUACCAUCAGUAUUCGCGAGCGGGUGCAGAGCAGGAUUCAGCCGGAGCAGAUCUUCACGGUGGGCGACUUCCUCGGCACAGGCAACGUGCUGGACGGCUACGACCUGGAGGCCAAGGAUCGCGAAGAAUUGGAGCAGCGGAAGCAGGGGGCCGCUCAGGAGAUCCAGACCGCCAUCACCAGCACCUUCAAGGGUGCCUCGGAGAAGGCACAGGCCGCCAUGGAGGGGCAAUGCCAGCACAUGGCUCGGCCCGAGGGCAAGAAGAGGGAGACCAGCGAAGGUGCCGCCUACUGGAUCCUCAGCUUCGACGUGUCCAGUAACGGCUCCGAGUACCCCUGA